AUGAGCGGAUCCAGUCCAGCAACCGUGGGAGGGGUGGCCACCGCAGGCCCCGAUGGUAUCAUUAACCUGGGCAACACCGACCCCAACCGAGUGGAAGAGAUCAGGCGCACCGUAUACUGCGGCAAUCUGGACUCCAAGACAGUCACCGCCGACCACAUGAUGCAGUUCUUCAAGUUGUGUGGCACCAUCAACUUCGUGCGUAUGGCAGGCGACGAGACACAGCCCACGCGCUUUGCGUUUAUUGAGUUCACUACGCACGAGGCUGCCAACUCAGCUCUCAUGUACAAUGGAGCUAUCCUGGAGGGACGCCCUAUGAAGGUCAACCACUCCAAGAACGCUAUUGUCAAACCACCCACCAAGAAGGCUGAGGUUCAAGCAAAGGAAUACACCGAAGCACAACGCAAAAUCCAAGAAGCUGCGGCUAUGCUUGCAGCCUCUUUAACCACUUCAGCGGACGAGCCCAAGGACGAUCGCAAGCUAAGUGUCAGUGACCGAGACAGGGACCGCGACAGAGCACGUGACUCUUCUAGGGCCAGGGCCAGAGACAGAGGCCGGGACAGAGAUAGGGAUAGAGACAGUCGACGCUCGCGAAGGAGCCGAUCUCGUAGUACCAGCAAGCGGUCCACUCGUACUGCUCGAUCAAGGUCCAGAGACCGCAGACGAUCGUCACGCCGAUCCAGGAGCCCUCGCCGAGAACGCGAUCGCCGCCACAGAUCGAGAUCAAAAUCGCCUCACAAAGACGAUGAGAAAGCAUCCCGUCGCUCGGGCAAGGCAGAUGAUAAAGACAAAUCCAGCGAUAAGAAAGGUACCGGUAAGGACACUGACGACAGAUCGAGUGAGAAGGAUAAAGAUGCGGAGAAGGACAAAGACAAAGAUAGUAACGAUCAACCGAAAGACCGUAGCAGAGACAAAGAUCGCGAGAGCAGGCGGGAGAAGGAGGGUGGUAAGAGUGGUGACAAGGAUCAAGACAAAGGCAGUGAGAAGAGUGGUGACAAAGAUAGAAGCAGAGACAAGGAGAAAGAAAGGGGACGGGAUAGAGACAGAGAUCGCCGGGAGAAGGACAAGGGGGGAGAACGUAAGGGUGGGGAGAAACGGGAGAGGAGCCGACGCAGCGGCAGUCGAGGUGUGGAUAGGCACCGGCACAGAGAUGGGGAUUCGGAUCGCAAACUCGCACGAGGUGAUGAGCCAAGCACUGCCAAAGAGAGUGGACGGGAUACGACGAAGGACAGCGGGGCGGAGGAGAUGAAGGAAAGCAGUGGUGGCAAGACAUCAGAGAAUGGGGAGGCAGAGGGACAAGAGAAGCACAAUGAUGAGGAAGAUGCACUGAGUGCCAAAACGACAGAGAAAAGUGUUCCGGAAACAAAGAACGGAAAGGAUCUUGACAAGCCCGCUCCAGUGGCCACGGCAGUAGAAGAACUAGUCUUCUCACCGUGAUACUAUAGCCUCUUACAUAAAGGGUCUGGCAGCGUACAUGCACGCCCUGUUUGAUGUUAUAUCUGGGUCACUCUGAGGUUGUGUACCCCACAUUUCAAACUGUGUAUGGAGUGUUGGUUCUAAAAAUGGCCGUCACAUAUGGCUUAGCGAGGAUGAGAAAGCAAAGCAUGACGCAAGUUUGCUGUCUGGUAGGUGAAUGCAAUCUGGUCAGACAUCCAAUCCACGUGUUGUACUGGAAGCUACAAUCGAGUGUCAAAUGACAUUCCCACAUGAGUCUUCUUAGCCUUUUUUUUCGGUUACAAUUGUAGAUCGACAGAUAAGGUAGUAAACAAUAAAACUACAAUUCAUCGGAAAUUCAGCGGCUGAAACUAGUUUAUAAUUCAAACCCGAUGCCUUCGGGUGUACAACAACACUGUGACUGUCCGUUCAAGAUUUGAUUCACAAUCAGUCAAGGGUAUUUGUAUCUAAAUGUUCAUUCAGAGCUCAAAUUGUGAUUUGUGUUUCAAUGCGCACUGCUGGUAGUAAACCCACCGAAGGUUGAGGAGGUUUCAGCGCACUUUUUUAUUAUCUUGUCGUGGGUUACGAACCAAAAUAACCUCCAUGAAAUAUGAAAACGUAUAUUUUUCGUGGUAAGUAAACCCACAGUACCA